AUGGAUCACACUGUUGAACUGAAGUUUUCUUCCUUGAAUCUGAACGCUAAUGACGCGAACGGCAAUCAAGUCCAGGAGCUCGAUGCUCUAGUUGUCGGUGCUGGCUUUGGCGGCGUCUACCAGUUGAAGGUAAUUCGCGAUGCGGGAUACAAGGUGAAGCUGGUCGAGCAUGGUGACGACUAUGGAGGCGUGUGGUACUGGAAUCGUUAUCCGGGUGCUCGGGUGGACAGUUCUAUUCCGCAUUAUGAAUUCUCCGACCCCAAGCUAUGGAAGGAUUGGACAUGGAAGCAGAGAUUUCCCGGUGGUCCGGAGCUACGUGCUUACUUUGCGCAUGUAGCCGACCUAUGGGAUCUAAGGAAAGAUACGCAGUUCAACACCUUCGUGUCGUCAGCAACCUGGAACGACUCCGAGGCUAGAUGGACGGUGAAGACGAAGGCCGCCGAGGUUUACAAAGUGAAAUAUCUUCUGCUAAACACUGGGUUUGCCGCGAAGAGGUAUAUUCCGGAUUGGAAAGGCAUCGACUCUUUCAAAGGAACAUUCCUCCACCCCUCAUACUGGCCUCAUGAAGAGCCUGAUCUCAAAGGAAAAAGAGUGGCCGUCAUUGGCACUGGCUCUACUGGCAUCCAGAUUGCCCAAGAGCUUAGCAAAGUAGCCAGCCAGCUUACCGUUUUCCAACGUACCCCCAACAUGUCUUUGCCAAUGGCACAAGUCGAGUACGACCUUCCCAAGCAAGCUCUUCCAAAGUCCGAAUAUCCAAACCUCUUCGCCGGCCGUAACGACAGUUUCUCUGGCUUCUCUUUCAACUUCCUUCCUCGAUCUACCUUCGAAGACACCCCCGAAGAACGCCAGAAGACAUACGAGGGGUUGUGGAGCAAAGGCGACUUCGAGUUCUGGCUUGCUACAUAUUAUGAUAUGCUCUUCGACCCAAAGGCUAACGGCGAAGCCUACAAGUUCUGGCGCGACAAAACCCGGGCAAGGAUCAACGAGUCCAAGGUUGCAGACAUUCUGGCACCCAUUGAACAGCCGUAUGCUUUCGGCUGCAAACGUAUCUCACUAGAGGACGAGUACUUUGAGAUUUACAACAAGCCCAACGUCUCGCUCGUCGAUAUCAGCAACAAAGGAACACCAAUUCAAGGGUUGACUGAGAAGGGCAUCAAGACCACGGACAAAGAAUACGAGUUUGACUUCAUUGUCUGCGCGACAGGAUACGAUGCUAUAACGGGUGGCCUCCGUCAGAUCGACAUCCGGGGCCCAUCUGGUGAGAGCCUGAGUGACUACUGGAAAGCCGGUGCGAAGACUUACCUUGGUCUCACCGUCUCUGGUUUCCCCAACAUGUUCUUUACAUAUGGACCACAAGCUCCUACCGCCUUAUGUAAUGGACCGACAUGUGCCGAGCUGCAGGGCAACUGGAUCUUGAACAUGAUGAAUCACAUGAAGGAAAAUUCUCUCAAGAAGAUCGACGCUCAGAAGGAAAGCGAAGCCCAAUACAAGGAACUCAUCUGGAAGCUUGCAAAUGUUUCGCUCCUGCCAACUGUGGACUCAUGGUACAUGGGCACCAACAUUCCUGGAAAGCCAAGAGAGCCUUUGAUUUACCUCGGAGGAGUGCCAACUUACUAUAAAACUAUCAACGAGGCUGCCGCCAAUGGCUAUACUGGGUUUAGUUUAUCGUAGGGAUUUGUAAGCUAUUAGUUAUGUCUAUGCAGGAAGGGUCGAUUUUUAUCAGCGUAACCG